GACGGGUGGCCACAGAAAACAUGGCUUACCUGCUCGGGUACUUUGCGUACCUACUACGGCUAUCUUAUAUAUGCUCUUAGACCUCAACGGCCCGACUGCUAUUUAUGAGAUUCAGUCCCUCGGACGUACAUUGCGAUACGAUGCUGACAUUAGUAGGUAGAUAGAUAGGUAAGGUAGGUACCUUACGCUCUUGACCAAAUCCUGCUAGACUGGCGCUCUGGCUCAGCGAGCCGUCGCACAAAGCGCUCCUUGUGCAAAGCCACUCGGGGCAAAAGCAACGGGAUGUCACCUGGGGUCUGGUUGCAACAUCAUCGGACGGGGAUUGUCACGGAGCGCCGUCGCGCGCGGGGCGCCAUGGGAUCUGCACCGUAUUCUGCUAGAAGGAUUCCGCGCCGCCCAAGCAAUCACGGCGAACAUGCCCGCCAACUCGGAGUUUGAUGGUCUCUUUCGGCAACGCCAACGCCCGCGUUGUGGCGUCAAUGCAACUGACCCGCGUCUUCUCCUGCAGACGUAUUGCCCCGGCCGACGCGCCGACGAGCCCCAACGCGUGCGCCGUCGCACUUUGCUGCCCGACUCCCUGAUACCGAUGAAAAGGGGUUGCGACUCGGCUGGUCAUCCUCCCCUGGGUGGGCGCUGACUACUAUGGGCAUGUGCCCCAUGAACGAUGGGUGUGUUCAACCAUCUUGGCGGCCUGCAGCUACCACAAUGGCCGGCUGUGUAUAUGAGGACCGACACCCCGUGGUCGACGAUGCAGGCUAAUUCUAGUCUCUGGAGACUUGAGCAUUCUGCGACCGUUACCGGUGAGAAGGCAUCAACUAAGAGGACCUUCUUUACCGUCUUUCGUCGGCCACUCUGUUGUGUUCUGCAUGUCGAUCUGAGGGGGCCACGAUCCCAUUCCAAGCCCGUGGACCGUCACGAUGAAGGCCUCGUGCCUCGCCGCCUUGGCCUGCUGCAGCAGCGCCCUGCUCGCACUCGCUUCGAGCGCCACCGCAGAUAAACCAAAGGUUCCGCUCUCGGCGUCGAGCCGCUGGAUCGUCGACUCGACGGGCCAACGCGUCAAGCUGCGCUGCAUCAACUGGGCCGGCCAUCUCGAGGCCAACGUCCCUGAGGGUUUGCACCGCCAGUCGGUCGAGCAUGUCGCCGACUGGAUUGCCGCUCAGGGCUUCAACUGCGUGCGCCUGACAUACUCCAUCGACAUGGCGCGCAAUCCAUCCGUCCGCGUCGAGGACUCGUUUCGCGCGGCCGCUGCGGCGUCAGGCGCCGAUGAGACCGCCCUGAUGAAGCUCUAUGCGGCGGCAAGCGAGCGCAACCCCUUCCUGGCCACGGCCACGGUCCUUGACGUCUUCGACCGCGUGCAGGCCGCCCUGUGGGAUCGCGGUAUCAUGACCGUCCUUGAUAACCACGUCAGCAGGGCGGGCUGGUGUUGCGACCUGGGCGAUGGGAACGGCUGGUGGAAGGACGCCAAGUUCUAUAUGCAAGAGACGAGUCGCUACUUUGACACGGCGCAGUGGCAUGAGGGCCUCACUGCCAUGGCCACUUGGUCGCGCUCCCGCCCGGGCGUCGUCGGCCUCUCUCUGCGCAACGAGCUGCGCGCCAGCGUCCUACAGAUCCCCUUUGCGCCCAAGACGUGGCUCGACUACAUGCCGGCCGCCGCGCGGCUCGUCCACGCCGCGGCCCCGGACGCGCUCGUCAUCACCGGCGGGAUCAAUGGCGGCACCGACCUAUCCCCGCUGAGAACCGCUGGCCUCAUGGACACGGACGGCUGGGCUUCCAAGCGCGUCUGGGAGGCGCACGCCUACAGCUUCACCGUCACGACGCCCAGCCUUGGCAUCUGCUCGCUCCUCAAGGCCGAGUAUGGGGGCCUGUUCGGCUUCGUCCUCGAGCAGGACAAGGGGACUCGCACAGGUCCGCUCUUCCUGUCCGAGUUUGGCGUCGGCAUGACAGGUGGGCCGCAUGACGGGCUCAGCGACGACGACUACAAGUACCUGACCUGCCUCGUGGAGUACAUGGAGAACAACGAUGCGGACUGGGCGCUCUGGGCCAUCCAGGGAUCCUACUACGUCCGUGAUGGCACUGUCGACAUGAAUGAGACGUGGGGGGCCCUCGACUACACCUGGAAGGACUGGCGAAAUCCUACUAUCAAGUCCAUGCUGGGCAAGAUGCUAGACGUGACGCAAGGUCCUUAAGAGCCUGUAUAGAGCUGGCGCCGCGCGAGAAAGUCCUCAUAUCGACAUUUUCUUGUAACUUGGUCAUGGGACUGGGGUGGGCCAAUGAUGUCGAGCUCGUAGAUACAUAUUCCAGGGUCUUGACAUGUGCACGUCCGCACAGUACAUACAACUCACAUUACUAAAUGCUGUU